AUGAAUCAUCAUAAUAUUGGUUCUUCUUCACUACUUUCUCAUUCAAGUUCAAGCUCAUCUGAUGAUGAGCUUGAACAAUUAAUCAACGAGUGUGAUGUUGAACAUCAAUUGAUGGGUCAACAUAUUUUGAAUAAUAAUCUUAUUGUAGCUCAACUGGCUGAAUAUCAAAAUGCUACAAAAAUUCAUGGAGGUUCAGUUCUUGGUCACAAGGUAAUCCAUCGUGAUCGAGAAGCAGCAGCUCAUCGUCUCUUCAACGACUAUUUUUCUGAAAAUCCAACAUUCAACGAAGGAAUGUUUCGUAGACGCUUUCGAAUGUCUCGAAGUCUAUUCCUCCGUAUUGUUGAUGCUUUUAAAAAUUAUAAUGGUUUUUUCGAGCAACGCAUGGAUUGCACAGGAAGAUGGGGCUUGUCCACACUGCAAAAAAUAACAGCUGCCUUUCGAAUAUUGGCAUACGGGGUACCAACAGAUGCUACUGACGAGUACAUAAAUAUUGGUGAGUCCACUGCAAUUAAAUGUGUCAAGAAAUUCUGUCGUGCAAUUGUGGAAAUAUUUUCUGAUCAAUAUCUAAGAUCUCCUAAUGCUAGUGAUGUUGCUAGACUACUUUAUAUUGGUAAACAACGUGGAUUUCCAGGAAUAGGUAUCACUCCACCCGCACAUUAUGUCAUACAAGGAAAAGAGUAUAAUGUGGGCUAUUAUUUAGCAGAUGGUAUAUAUCCCAAGUGGUCCACACUUGUACAAACUUUUCAUGAGCCACGCUCUGUGAAAAAAAAGUUUUUUGCAAUGAGACAGGAAUCGUGUAGGAAAGAUGUGGAGCGUGCAUUCGGAGUUCUUCAAAGUCGAUUUGCAAUUGUUGCAAAUCCAGCUUGCUACUGGCAAAAGAAAUAUUUGGAUAAUAUAAUGAAAGCGUGUAUUAUUAUGCACAAUAUGAUUGUUGAGGAUGAACGUGACCUGUCUGCACCAAUUGAAAUUGCAAGAGAAGUGCCAAUUCCAGAUGUUGAAACAAUGCCAAAUGAAACAAACCAUUUCCAAGAAUUUCUUGGACGCUAUAAAAAAAUGAAAGAUAGAGUGGCUCACUUUGCGCUUCGUGAUGCAUUAGUCGAUCAUAUAUGUGAUGAGUUUUCUAAUUUAGAAAAUUAG